AUGGCGGCCGCUCUAGGUAUUCAGGGAAAUAUGAAUAAUACUUUUAAAGAUAAGGAGAAGCCCAUGGCGGUUCGCGCUGCGAACAUCAUGGCAGCCAGAGCGGUUGCGGACGCUAUAAGAACGACGAACGAUGGAAAUACCAUGUUGAAGGAUAUGGCCGUCAUGCAUCCUGCUGCUAAAAUGUUGGUAGACUUGAGUGCGGCACAGGACGUUGAGGCUGGUGAUGGUACUACAUCUGUUGUGGUUAUUGCUGGAAGUCUACUAGGGGCUGCAGAGAGACUGCUCGCCAAAGGCCUACAUCCUACCGUUAUCUCUGAGUCUUUCCAGCGCGCUGCUGCUGCGGCAGUCAAGAUCCUCGAAGAUAUGUCACAACCCAUUUCUCUUUCAGAUAGGGCCAUCCUCCUCCAAGCCGCAUCAACCUCCUUGUCUUCAAAAAUUGUCUCUCAAUAUUCCAGCCUGCUUUCUCCUAUGGCUGUGGAUUCUGUUCUCCGGGUCAUUGACCAGAAGACAGCCGAAAAUGUGGAUCUCCGUAAUAUUAGGAUAGUGAAGAAGGUCGGCGGAACUAUUGAAGAGAGUGAGAUGGUUGACGGCUUGAUCAUGAACCAGCCUGUUCUAAAGAGUGCAGGUGGUCCAACUAGAGUGGAAAAGGCCAAGAUUGCUUUGGUUCAAUUCCAACUCAGCCCUCCCAAACCAGAUAUGGAGAACCAGAUUGUCGUCAAUGACUACAGGCAGAUGGACAAGAUUCUUAAAGAGGAACGUACAUAUCUCCUCAACAUGAUUCGAAAGAUUGCCAAGACGAAAUGCAAUGUUAUCCUCAUUCAAAAGUCGAUUCUCCGAGACGCCGUCAACGACCUUUCUCUCAACUUCCUUUCCCGCGUUAAGAUCCUCGCUGUGAAGGACAUUGAGCGUGACGAAGUCGAGUUCGUGUGCAAGAGCUUAGGCUGCAAGCCCAUUGCCAACAUUGACUCCUUCACCGAAGAUAAGCUCGGAUCUGCUGACCUGGUGGAAGAAGUGAACUCAUCUGGAUCCAGAUAUCUCAAGAUUACCGGCAUCCGCACCCCAACUGCCACCCAGACCGUCUCUAUCGUCGCACGCGGAGCCAACAACCUGAUUCUCGACGAGGUGGAACGUUCCCUCCAUGAUGCUCUCUGCGUAGUGAGAUGCCUGGUCAAGAAACGAGCCCUGAUUGCUGGUGGAGGAGCACCCGAAAUUGAAAUUGCACAGGCCCUGGCUAAGCAAGCUCGCCUCCUGACUGGUACCGAAGCCAUCUGCUGGAAAGCAUUCGCCAGCGCCAUGGAAGUCAUCCCAGUCACCCUUGCCGAGAAUGCAGGGUUGAAUAGCAUCAAAGUUGUUACCGACCUACGCCAUCGUCACGAGAUGGGUGAGAAGAACGCGGGUGUCAGCAUCCGAAGCGGUGGAGUCAAGGUCAACAUAGCCGAUGAGCGUGUCCUGCAGCCUUUGUUGGUCAGCACAAGUGCAGUCGAGCUUGCAGCCGAAACCGUGAAGCUUAUUUUACGAAUUGACGACAUUGCCUUGUCGAGGUAG